CGCACUUACGUUGUGUGGCGCUAGGAAGUUCGUCACUGUUUGGAGUUCAGGCGCGUCUCGAGCUGUGUUUUCUGUUUAAUUUCAGGUGCGGUUCGAAUUUUGUUUAGGUUCAAAUCUGACUCGAAGCAGAAACUGUGAUCGCAAAUAUCCGCUUGGAUAAACAUAUCACCGAGGAUCUUGAUCAUAUUCAUUACUGGACCGGAGUCCAUUUAGUCAGCGUAACUUGUGUCGAGAUGAGUGUGGAGGCGUACGGGCCGAGUUCUCAAACGCUCACCUUCCUGGACACGGAGGAAGCGGAGCUACUUGGGGCUGAUACCCAGGGCUCGGAGUACGAGUUUACCGAUUUUACCCUCCCCAGCCAGACGCAAACUCAAGGCCAAACCCAGAGUCAGCUGGACAAUCAGGUGAAUGGUCCUGAUGAAGGGCUUCACAAUGGAGGAGUCGAUGAUGUGGCCAAGGCGAGCCAACUCCUUGCUGAGUUGAACUUCGAGGAGGAUGAAGAAGACACCUAUUACAUCAAAGACCUCCCACUGCAUGCCUGCAGUUACUGUGGCAUCCAUGAUCCUGCAUCUGUGGUGUACUGCAACACAAGCAAGAAGUGGUUCUGCAAUGGACGUGGCAAUACAUCUGGCAGCCACAUAGUCAACCACUUGGUGAGAGCCAAAUGCAAAGAGGUGACUCUGCACAAAGAUGGGCCACUGGGCGAGACAGUGCUGGAGUGCUACAACUGUGGUUGUCGCAACGUCUUCCUCCUGGGCUUCAUCCCCGCCAAGGCCGACUCAGUGGUGGUGCUGCUGUGCAGGCAGCCAUGUGCCAGUCAGAGCAGCCUGAAGGACAUCAACUGGGACAGCUCCCAGUGGCAGCCACUGAUCCAGGACCGCUGCUUCCUGUCCUGGCUGGUGAAGAUCCCCUCAGAGCAGGAGCAACUCCGGGCCCGCCAGAUCACAGCCCAGCAGAUCAACAAGCUGGAGGAGCUCUGGAAGGAUAAUCCCACGGCCACUCUGGAGGACCUGGAGAAGCCCGGCGUAGACGAGGAGCCCCAGCAUGUGCUGCUGCGCUAUGAGGAUGCCUACCAGUACCAGAACAUCUUCGGCCCCCUCGUCAAGCUGGAAGCUGACUACGACAAAAAGCUUAAAGAGUCCCAGACCCAAGAUAAUAUAACAGUCAGGUGGGACCUGGGGCUAAAUAAAAAGCGGAUUGCCUAUUUCUCCUUGCCCAAGACGGAUUCAGGUGACAUGCGGCUGAUGCAAGGAGAUGAGAUAUGUCUGCGCUACAAAGGAGAGCUCGCCCCACUCUGGAAGGGCAUCGGCCAUGUCAUCAAAGUCCCAGACACACCCUUUGUGAAAGACUAUGGAGAUGAGAUUGCUAUAGAAUUGCGCAGCAGUGUUGGAGCUCCUGUGGAAAUACCCCACAACUUCCAGGUGGAUUUUGUGUGGAAGUCCACUUCCUUUGACAGAAUGCAGAGUGCCCUGAAGACCUUUGCUGUGGACGAGACAUCGGUGUCAGGCUACAUCUACCACAAGUUGCUGGGCCACGAGGUGGAGGAUGUCAUCAUCAAGUGUCAGUUGCCCAAACGCUUCACUGCACAGGGCCUGCCUGACCUCAAUCACUCUCAGGUGUAUGCUGUGAAGACUGUGCUGCAGAGACCCCUCAGUCUUAUCCAAGGCCCUCCCGGCACUGGGAAAACGGUCACCUCUGCCACCAUAGUGUACCACCUCGCCAGGCAGGGCAAUGGGCCCGUGCUGGUGUGUGCUCCCAGUAACAUUGCAGUGGACCAGCUGACUGAGAAGAUCCACAUGUCUGGCCUGAAGGUGGUCAGGCUGUGUGCUAAAAGCAGAGAAGCCAUUGACUCCCCUGUCUCCUUCCUGGCCCUGCACAACCAGAUCCGCAACAUGGACAGUAUGCCAGAACUCCAGAAGCUGCAGCAGCUGAAGGAUGAGACCGGGGAGCUGUCGUCCGCUGACGAGAAGCGCUACCGGGCCCUGAAGCGCACCGCUGAGAGGGAGCUGCUCAUGAAUGCAGAUGUGAUCUGCUGUACCUGUGUGGGGGCAGGAGACCCCCGUCUGGCCAAGAUGCAGUUCCGCUCCAUCCUAAUCGAUGAGAGCACCCAGGCCACCGAGCCAGAGUGCAUGGUGCCCGUGGUCCUGGGUGCCAAGCAGCUCAUUCUGGUGGGAGACCACUGCCAGCUGGGCCCAGUAGUGAUGUGCAAGAAGGCAGCCAAAGCAGGCCUGUCCCAGUCUUUGUUUGAGCGUCUGGUGGUGCUGGGCAUCAGGCCCAUCCGUCUGCAGGUGCAGUACCGCAUGCACCCGGCCCUCAGUGCUUUCCCCUCCAACAUCUUCUACGAGGGCUCCCUGCAGAACGGAGUCACUGCUGCUGACCGCAUCAAGAAAGGCUUUGACUUCCAGUGGCCACAGCCAGACAAACCCAUGUUCUUCUAUGUGACUCAAGGCCAGGAGGAAAUCGCUAGCUCUGGAACAUCCUACCUGAACAGAACUGAGGCAGCUAAUGUGGAGAAGAUCACCACCAGGCUGCUGAAGGCUGGAGCCAAGCCUGACCAGAUAGGCAUCAUCACCCCCUACGAGGGCCAGAGGUCCUACCUGGUGCAGUACAUGCAGUUUAGCGGCUCCCUCCACACCAAGCUCUACCAGGAGGUUGAGAUCGCCAGCGUGGACGCGUUCCAGGGCAGGGAGAAAGACUUCAUCAUCCUGUCCUGCGUCCGAGCCAACGAGCACCAGGGCAUCGGCUUCCUCAACGACCCGCGCCGUCUCAACGUGGCCCUCACCAGAGCCAAGUAUGGGGUGAUCAUUGUGGGCAACCCCAAGGCCCUGUCCAAGCAGCCUCUGUGGAACCACCUGCUCAACUACUACAAGGAGCAGAAGGUUCUGGUGGAGGGACCCCUCAACAACCUGCGAGAGAGCUUAAUGCAGUUCAGCAAGCCCCGCAAGCUGGUCAACGCCAUUAACCCUGGAGCCCGGUUCAUGAGCACUGCCAUGUAUGACGCCCGCGAGGCUCUCAUCCCUGGGUCUGCCUACGAUCGCAGCAGCGCAGGGCGUCCAUCCAACAUGUACUUCCAAACCCACGACCAGAUCGGCAUGAUUGGGGCCGGGCCAGCCCACAUGGCAGCCAUGAACAUGCCCAUUCCAUUCAACUUGGUGAUACCUCCCAUGCCUCCACCAGGCUACCUGGCCCAGGCUAACGGCCCUGCUGCAGGCCGUGGUGGGGUGCUGAAGGGCAAAGCGGGGCGUGGCGGGCGCCAGAGGACCCGCGGAAUGGGGAACCACAGUGGCAGUGGGCAAAGCAAUGGGCCAAACAGCCAGGCCAGCCAGGAUGUGUCUUCCCAGCCCUUCUCCCAGGGGCCACUCACCCAGGGCUACAUCACCAUGAGCCAGCCCUCACAGAUGAGCCAACCUGGCCUCUCCCAGCCUGAACUGUCCCAGGACAGUUAUCUAGGCGAUGAGUUCAAGUCCCAGAUCGACGUGGCUCUGUCGCAGGACUCGACUUACCAGGGUGAACGUGCAUACCAACAUGGUGGGGUGACUGGACUGUCACAGUACUAAAGUGUUGUUGGAAGAGGAGCUAGGCUUGAGCUGAGCUUAGUUCAUCAGCAUUUUAAUCUGGGUAAUAAUAAAUAAAAAAAUGGAUACCUGUUUUCCUCUGCUACAACUGAAGCACCACCGUGUGAAAUCAACGGGAGAGAGAAACCAACCAAUCACGAGAGAGAAAGAAAGCGAUAGAAAGGAAGAACGGACGGCCAGGAAGAGCGAACGAGUGGGAGUGAGGGACCACUGCCGGCACAUGGGGACGAGAACGAGAGGAAGGCGACGGCAGGCGGUCGAGCUGUCGUGAGGAAGACGAAACGAGAACGAAGAAACAAAAUGAGGCACAACUCCCAAUGAAAGAUGCCCACCCACCCCCCUCUCAACCCCUUCCCUUCAAACCUCACGCCUCUGUCUGAGGGCAUGACCAGUUGUCCAGAGGACCUCUCUCUUUGAGCAGUGAACAGGGGAAGACAAGUUCUCAAGCAACUUGGCUGGGGGAGCGCAUUCCGCUAACUCUCAAAAGCAGAUAACAAGAAAGUGGGGGGGUACGGAACGCUUCAAGCAAGCAACAUAGGAAAUCCUCACCUCAAAGUUGAUCGGUUGUCACACCCGUUUGAUACCCAGACUCAUUUGAUUAGAUUGAUGUGGAGGAAGAGUGGCGGUGUCGAUCCCGACUCGUAGACCUGAAAUCUCAUCAAAUGACAGCAAGAGGAACACUUCACGUCGUCGUUCAAUUUUGAGUUGAAAAGGUUUCUGCGCUAAAGUCUGAUAUUAAAGAACUCUUAAUUGAAAUGCCUUUGAUUGCCUUGGGAACCAUUGGCUUUUUCAACAGGUCUUUUCAGAAAUAGGUGGUUAACUAGAAAUCCAGGGGAGUUGAGUGGCAUGGGGAUUUCAGAGGAAAGUUUCUCAAGAUGUGAGCUCUGGAUCCGAGAGUAAUCCUAUAUCAUAAUGACCAGCAUUGAAGUAUAUUAACUCAAUGUUAUUUGAAGUUGCGGCAAAGGCCUUUUUGAUCUUUUGAAAGUUUGGGUGACGUGAGAUAUCGCCCACUAUGCUACUGGGCGGAUCAUUUUCAAUUUUUUUAAAUGCUUUGUAUGCUUCGAUCGGCAGCGGCUUUGAAGUAACGCUUUACUCGGGGGAAUUCCUUGUUGAUGUAAGAUCCGUCUGCAUGAAACAAAUUCCCAUGCAAAGUGAAGAUGGAUAUUAAGGAAACUGAUUUCCUCUAUAGUCAACACACAAUUUUGUGUCACUAUUGAAGUUGCAAGCGGUAGGUGGCUAGGUGUGAAACAAAGAACAGGUAAGGUAUAGCCAAGGUAGAAAGGGAAGGCUUGUGAACUCCUUGAAUGGAUACAAAUCCUUUGAUUCUAGUUAUUUUAUUUAAUAUGGAAUAGUGAAUUGGGGUUCAAAUUUGAAUGAAAUGCAGUCGCCCAUAAAGAAUGUUAGCUACAUUACUAGAAUUAAGUUGUCAAAUCCAAAGCAUUUGAAACCAUUUCACACCAUCCGUAAAAUGACGACUGGUACUGAUUUUCAGAAGUGACAAAGUGAUUCUCACAUGAAAGAAUGUGUACAUCCGAAUCAGUGGCCAUAACUUCCUUUGAUUAUUUGCAGGUACAAAACAGCACAAAACGUGAAUGUAGGUCAAAGCAUGGUUGGCACUUUUUAAGUGAAAGCGACCUUAGCCAGCAUAUACCAACUUAUUAGAAAGAAUCAGAGAACAUGGCCAGUAUGUUGUGACCUUGAAACCACGCAAUACUAGUUUCUCAAAGGACUAACUGAUACAAGCCACCUUCUCUUAGGAGGUUGCCUGGCGGUUAAGAACAUUGGUCCAGUAUCCAAAAGGUUGCUGGUUCUAAUCCCUGAGCUGACUAGGGGAAAAAUCUGUCUGUGCCCCGAAGCAAGGCUCUUAACCCUAAUUGCUCCUGUAAGUCGCCCUGGAUAAGAUUGUCUGCUAAAUGACAAAAAUGUCAAAUGAGUUCCCACCAAACCAGGAGAAGGGCUUUCCUUUUGUAACUUCGAUUUUAUGUGCGUUUUACAUUUUUGGCUUCCCUGUAGUUUGCCCCUUGUAGCUGUUUACUCCAGAGUCUUAUGGCUCCAAACCAUCCAUUCUUUUCCCCCUAUGUGAAUUCUAAUGUAAUCUAUCCGGCCCCUAGCAUUUCCUUCUUUGGCUGAUUUGCUUGUGCACCAUUUAUUUUUUGUGUGUGUUGUGGGUGGGGGGGGGGGGGGGGGGGGGGGGGGGGGGGGGGGUUGUAGACAACAUUUGACUUAAGUAGUUAUCUGAUGACAAAGGGUGGUGAAAUAAUGGUUUUAUUUUAAAAGUUUUAAAUCAAUCCCUAAAGGGAAAAGCCACAAACUAUUUUUUUCAUUAGUCCAACUGGUGAUAUCCCCAGAAGUUAAGAUAUUGGUCUUAAUCAGUGUCACCUGCCACGUCAUUAUGAUGACAUGCAAAACAUUUUGGGACUGUAUCAACAGUGGACUAAUAAUUUUUGUGGAUUUGUCCUUUAAACUAUCCAUGGGACUUUUGUAUUUAGAAAUCCUCGUCUAUCAGUUUUUAGAAAUGUUUGGGUGCUUAGCACCAAAUUGAGAAUAUUAAUUUUAGCUCACAACCUGCUUUGUCUUCCGAUGUCCAUUAAUUUGUUUGUCAUCACUUGACUUUGAAUUUGUCAAUCCAAAAGACAUUGUAUGACAAUCAUGCUGUCAAAUAGCUAGUCGUGGUUGAAACAUGCUUAGUCGUUUGAUCGACAUUAUCUAUUGAUUCCUGACAUGUUUUAGGAUAUUUUAGUACAGUAAUCUCUGCCUUCCUUCCCAGCAUUUGAAUAUCUGUGCAAUUCAUGGAGUUGCAGUGAAAAUUAAUUCAAGACAUUUCGCCUUAUGAGUCCUUUCUUGUAAAACAUUAAUAAAGUUUGCUUCUGUCAAA